AUGAAGUCGGUUAAUAUUGCUGUUAUUGGCGCUGGUGUUGUUGGAUCUGCUUUUCUACAACAACUUGGGUCUGUCAAGUCGUCGAUCAAGUACAAUUUGAUCUACCUGGCCACCUCCAAGAAGGCCGUUUACGACAAGUCGUACUCGCCGUUCGAGAUCGGCCAAUGGUCGUCGUUGUUGCAGUCGUCUGUCCAAACCCCGCUUAGUCCUCACGAGCUAACAGAAUACCUCAAACAGAGCCCUAUCCCGGUUAUUCUCGUCGACAACACCUCCAACGAGACUCUGGCCAACUCGUAUCCAUUGUUCUUGAAGAACGGUGUUUCUGUGGCCACUCCAAACAAAAAGGCCUUCUCCAGCUCGCUCACUCUGUGGAACGACAUCUUUGCCGCCGAGAACACCGGCUUGUGUUUCCACGAGGCGUCUGUUGGCGCCGGUUUGCCGCUCAUCUCCCCAUUGAAGGAAAUGGUGGCCACCGGCGACGAGAUCCAAAGUAUCGAGGGAAUCCUGUCCGGUACUCUGUCGUACAUCUUCAACGAGUACUCCACCAUCUCUCCAAACACGUCCAAGUUCAGCGACAUCGUCAAGGUGGCCAAGAACCUCGGCUACACCGAACCAGACCCAAGAGACGAUCUCAACGGUUUGGACGUGGCUAGAAAGGUCACCAUACUGGCCAGAAUCGCAGGACUACAGGUGGAGUCUCCAACCUCGUUCUCCGUUCAGUCGUUGAUCCCUAAACAGCUGGAAUCUGUGGAAUCCGCCGACGAGUACCUGCAAAAACUGCCUGACUUUGACCACGAGAUGGAGAAACUCAAGUCCGAGGCCGCCCAGGAGGGCAAGGUGCUGAGAUUCAUCGGCAAGGUGGACGUGGCUUCCAAGAAGACCAGCGUCGAAAUUGCCAAGUACGACGCCUCGCACCCAUUUGCUGCGCUCAAGGGCUCCGACAACGUCAUCUCCAUCAAGUCCAAACGGUACCCUAACCCACUCAUCAUUCAGGGAGCAGGAGCCGGUGCCGAGGUCACUGCCAUGGGCGUUUUGGGAGACGUCAUUAAGGUGGCCGAGAGAAUUGCAACCGUCCAGAAAUAG